AUGUUGGAUUUCAAUGCAUUCUGCGUUUUUUCUAAGACCUCGACUUACCUUUAUUCACAUUUUCUUUCCUCUUCAAGACAACUUAACACGCUACCUCACCGAUACUCCCUGCACACAAGUUGUUUAUCUACAAUGAACAACAAAGUCAUAUGUUUAUUUGACGUUGAUGGGACCCUUACGAAACCACGCAAUAUUAUAACAGAUCGUAUGGCUCAAUUUUUACUCAAAUUAUGCUCUAAUAUUCCUUUGGCUGUGGUCAGUGGUUCCGAUUUCCAGAAAGUUGCUUCACAAAUUGGACCAUCUGUUACAGAAAAAUUUCUAUAUAUCUUCUCGGAAAAUGGUUUGGUAGUACACAGUUAUGGUCAAAAAAUUAAAAGCACAAACAUUGUUGAGCAUGUUGGUGAAGAUAUUCUUCAACGCUUCAUCAAUUUUUCUCUUCAGUAUAUGUCAAACCUCGUACUUCCAAAAAAAAGAGGAAACUUUAUUGAAUUCAGAAAUGGUUUGAUAAAUGUUUGUCCAGUUGGACGAAGCUGUAGUCAGGAAGAACGAGAUGAGUUCUCUGAAUAUGAUGCGAAACAUAAAAUUCGAGAAAAUUUCGUCAAGAAAAUGCGUUUGGAAUUCCAUUCUAGUCCCUUACAAUUUGCUUUAGGAGGACAGAUUAGUAUUGAUGUUUUUCCCAAAGGUUGGGAUAAACGAUAUUGUUUACGAUUUCUGAAGGACUACGAUACUAUACAUUUCUUUGGUGACAAAACAGAAGAGGGUGGAAACGAUUAUGAAAUAUUCAAUGAUCCACGAAUUAUCGGACAUACUGUUACAUCACCGGAAGAUACCGAAGCUCAACUCAAAACGUUAUUCUCCGAAUAUUGUUAA